AUGGGGCAAAACGAUCGUACGACUGUCAGAAAGAACUCGAGUGUGAAUGGUGAUGGUGGUAGCGGUUCUGGGAAGAAGGAGCAUAUCCGCAAGAAGGCAUGGAAACCGAAAACGAAGACGGGCUGUAUUACGUGCAGGAUUCGACGGGUGAAGUGCGAUGAAGCGAAACCGAAUUGUCAGCGCUGUACAUCAGGACGUACGUGCGACGGUUAUACGACCUCCACGCCCGCCCCGCAAUCGUACGCCAUUGUCUACGCACCCAAACAGUCGCAUCUGCCCCCGACCGCGGGCCUAGACCUGACAUCGACGCAAGAGCAAGAGGCUUUCCACUUCUUCAAGCACCAUUCGAGCUCCGAACUCUGCGGCUUCUUCGACUCCUCCUUUUGGAAAACGGAGGUUCUCCAGGCGUCGCACACUGUUCCGGCCAUCCGACAUGGCAUCAUUGCGCUAGCUGCCUUGCAUCGGAAGUUCAUCGUCGGUCGUAUGCCCGUCGUGCCGGAUGAUAAUUCUGACAUGCAGCUUCGCUUUGCUCUGCAGCAGUCGAAUCGCGCCAUUCAGGAGAUGAACCGUGCGAUCAAGGAAAUUAUCAAGGUGCCAGGCCGCAAGUCAAUUGCGGACAAGAUUGAUAUGAUGACGUUCUGCGUCCUGUUCUAUUGCCAGGCUUGUUUUCAGGGUCACCACACCAUGGCGAUUGAGCACCUGAGGAGCGGCAUUAAGAUCCUCCGCGAGGUCGAUGAAGAUCUAGCCGCUGGAGUGAAGGACCUGAGCGAGCAUCCCAUAUCUCUGAACACACUGCGGACCAUGUUUGUCAGUAUGGACGUGCAGGCAAGGGGUAUAAUGGGUGACGAGGCGUUGAGGACCUGGGGCCCACAGCCGAAGAGGAACUUUGCCGUCCCACAGACAAGUUUCAAGACGUUUGCCCAAGCCCGCUUCUACUUCGAGGCCGCCCUCAACGACGUGCUCGCUUUCAUGCAAGGUCUGGACAUCGACCCGCCCAAGACCGAGGACGCGAUCCAAGAUAUCCGCGCGACGUACCACCGUCUCCAGCGCCAAUUUGAUGAAAUGAGCGUACGUCUCGACUACUUCCUCGCUCAACUGUCCCAUGCAAACAGUCAGGAGGACCGUGAAUCCAUACUGGGUAUCCGGCUGUUCCGCGAGCAGGUCAAGGUCUUCUUGCGGGUCUUUAAAGGCUUCAACGGCGACAAGCACAUCCGCGAGAUCGAUUGGCACGUUGACGAGAAUGACAUGGAAACAAUAUUGGCCCUCGCUAGCGAAUUGCUGAAAGCACCACCCGACCUGAGUGUCCCUGCAGGAGCAGUCCCGGGAGAAUACUAUCCUUCGCAAGCAGAUCUGGAACACAUAUCGAAUAUGGAGAUACCAUCGUACUCGCGGCCGGUGUUCUCUUCGUUCUCAGGCCUGCUCUCGGCGCUAUGGCUCGUUACCUCCCGAGCUAAUUCAUCCGCUAUCCGCCGGAGAGCCAUUGCCCUAUUGCUAGAUUUCCCUCGCCGCGAGGGUGUCUGGGACAGCGUUUUGGCGGGAAGAGUCGCUUGGGAAAGCCUGAUGUUGGAAGAGACGGCCUUGGAGGGCGAACUUGGAGCAAGGCAAGGUCGUUUGGAACCCAGAUCGCACUACAUUCCAGACUGUAACAAGGUCCGAGCGGUUGAGAUCAUAUACGUGGGUCCACGGGUUGCUCAGAUUGAGUUUCGAAUCUUCCCGUCCAGCUAUCGGAACGUCAGCAAGGACGUCGUCAAAGAAACAACUGAGCUCAAGGUAGAAGAAGGAAAGCUACCACAGGCAGGGCGGGAAGGUCACACUGAACGUCACGAAUCCUUCUCGGUCAACGUCAAGCAGCCUGCUGAGCGUCGUGAAUCCUACACCGAGGACGUAAGAGUAUUCGAAGACCGCACCCGUCGCCCGCAGCACCGUGAGGAGGUCCACAUCCACGAGGAAUCCCGCUACAGACAACCCGAAGAUCGCCGGCGAGAGCGCGUAGAGGUCGAUAUCCACACCCGCGACACCCGUGACCGCUACCAACAACCCUACCGCCCCUACGUCGGGAGCCACAUCGAAGUCAAGGGCAAGACCUACGACAGGGACUUCAACGCUGUCCAGGGCUCGACCGCCGACCACGCUCCCACCCAGAUUGACGUCUCUGAGCGUCAAUACCGCGAACACACCCGUCCCAUCGUAGGUGGUUACGCUGCUGAGCAGGGUUACACCGACCUCAGCACCCGUCCCAACUACGAGCAGGCCUCCGGCUACCGCAAGGAGACCUUCGCCGCCAAGCACGACACUUCCCCCUACCAACGGCGGGAGGUUGACGUCGUCGACAGCCGCUACCCUUCUCGAGAAGAGGUUCGAGUAGAGAAGACUACUCGAUCCACGGUUGACGCCCCCAAGAAGUACAAGCGUGAUAUGGGAUAUUACGACGAAGACGGUCACUACCACUCGUUCCGUCACGGUAUCUCCAAGGCUGCCCACAAGGUCGCCGAUCACAUCGUUCACCCCAUCCACGGUCACCGCCACCACCACUCGCACGACCACUCCUACGCCGGAUCCAAGUACGACGACCGCCGCGAGGAGGUCGUAGUCAAGGAGAAGUACACCACCACCGCCCCUGCUUCCCGAGCUCCUGCCGUCCGCCCCGUUUCUGCCGGUGUUCCCAUCGAGAAAGUUCGCGUCGUCGAAUCCCGCAACAUGACUCCCCCCAACACCAUCACUAUCCCCUGCCACCACAUCCGCAUUGGUGACCUCCUGAUCCUCCAGGGCCGCCCUUGCCAGGUCAUCCGCAUCACCACCUCCUCCCAGACCGGCCAACACCGCUACCUCGGUGUUGACCUCUUCACCAAGCAGCUCCAUGAGGAGUCCAGCUUCAUCUCCAACCCGGCGCCGUCGGUCGUCGUCCAGAACAUGCUUGGUCCUGUCUUCAAGCAGUACCGUGUUCUCGACAUCCGCGAGGAUGGCCGCGUCGUUGCCAUGACCGAGACUGGCGAUGUCAAGCAGGGCCUCCCUGUCCUUGACCAGAGCAACCUCCUCAAGCGCCUGACUGACUCUUUCGACAAUGGCCGGGGCAGCGUCCGCAUUCUCGUCAUCAACGAUGAGGGCAUGGAGAUGGCUGUCGACUACAAGGUCGUGCACGGCUCGAGGCUGUAA